AUGGCACGGAAGCGAAGUUUCCGAUUCGGGCUUUGCUUGCCCUGCGCCGUCGCCCUCUGCUGGGGCUUGGGCCUGGGCAGCCGAGCAGCCUUCACUCCGAGAGGCUCGGGCUCUGAGCCGUGCGGGAGCUCAGAGAGGUGGCGGGCGCGGGCGAUCUCCGGGCGCCUCGCGAUCCCCUGGAACCUGGUUGGAGGCGGAGCCGACCUGCCAGUCGAGGUGCGAGAGGCAGCGGACACUUGCACGGCUGGAGAGGGCCUGGACUUGGAACUGGCCGUACCCGAAGACUCGGACAUGCAGGAGCUGACAGACUUGGUCGAUGAAAGCUUCCAGCGGGCCAUCCAAGCCAGGAUGGUUGAUGGUGGGAACCCACUUGGCGACUUGUGGAACGGCUGGGUGUCUUUGAGUGAGCGGCAGAUGACCCUUGGGGCGAUGCGAAAGCGCCUCGCGGGCCUGCUCUCGUCGCCCAGUUUGAGGCGGCCGAGCAACGAUGAGUGGAACCUCGGAGUUCUUCUUCGCGAGAAGGGCGUCGAGAAGCCACCAAUCGGAUACUUUGAGAUUUGCAUGCAGAAGCCAGAGGGGAUCAGCAGGCGCAGCGCAGCGCUGGAACCAUACCUCAAGAACUUAUGUGUGUCCAAGGCUUACCGAAGACGCGGGCUUGGCAAAAAGCUCCUGAAUUUGGUGGAGGCAUUUUGCAGGACGGCAUGGCAAGGCAGCGCACUCUAUCUGCAUACAGAUGAUGAUGCAGCAGCCUUCAAUCUCUACAACAGCACCGGCUACACAGUGAGGAAGCAAGAGAAGGCCAGGUGCUGCAAUGCAUCAAAUCCACGCGGGCCGCGAGAUGGCCGUCCUUGCCCCAGCUAA